UUAUUGGCCCGGCCACUGUUGGAGGAAUUCAAGCUGGUGCUUUUAAGAUAGGUGAUACAGCUGGAACAAUUGACAACAUAAUUCAUUGCAAACUUUACAGGCCUGGAUCUGUGGGAUUUGUUUCUAAAUCUGGAGCUUAAAGUGGUGGUGAGAUGGAGUCUGCUCAAGCAAAGAAUCAGGCAGUAAGAGAAGCUGGAGCUGUUGUUCCCACUUCAUAUGAAGCUUUUGAAGCUGCAAUACAGGAAACAUUUGCCAAAUUGGUUGAAGAAGGGAAGGUCCCACCUGUUAAAGAGUUUACUCCUCCUCCAAUCCCUGAGGACCUUAACAUUGCAAUUAGGAGUGGGAAAGUACGUGCUCCAACUAACAUUAUUUCCACCAUCUCUGAUGACAGAGGUAAUUGGUGUUUGUAUAAAUACUGAGUGGAGAUUAUUGAUGGCAAGUAUCUCAGAGGAUACUGGAGAAGAGACUCCAUUACAGGUUCCCACCACAUACCCCAUCCAAAACCAAAAAAACGUUGUUACUUUAGGUGUACAUUAAAGAAAGAUAAGUGUCACAUUUAAACUUUUAACAUAUUUUUAGUGACAUUUAAUAGGUGCGUUUGAAUGGAGUAGCAACUUUUAUUGGCAUAG